AUGGAUUCUAAUGGGAAAAAGAGAUAUUGGAUUUGUGAAGUCAGAAAAAUAGCAUUUCAGGAAGUCAUUUUCAAGAAAUUUAAAGAUAUAACAAUAUCAGGUAUUAAAUCUGAAGAAACUUCACAGGCUGAAAAUUCACUAGAAGUUGAUGGCAUGUUAGAAAAAGAUAAUUUUCAAACUGAAGAUUUCUAA